AUGGCCUCCAAGUUGAGAGUCAAGGGUAAAGGCAAGCAGACAAGCACUCGUCGCGCCGUGGAAAUCCAGAGCAACAAGCGUUCCAUCGAACAAAUGAGCAACGGCGCCCUUCCAGUGCAAACACUCAAGAGAUUGGUCCUGCUAUCACCGAGUCUUCAGGUGGAGGCGUUGCCCAGACUCAGCCUCCCCUUCCUCUUGCUUCCCCCUGAGGUCCGCCUCAUGAUCUACAACUAUGUCUUCGACACGGACACUGUGGUUACCGGUCCUAUCAACAAGAAGACCUUCACACGCAUCUAUACGAUUGAUCAGCCCCAGAGCCAGCAUGACCUCGCUCUCCUCAGAACCUGCCGCAUCCUCCACGCCGACGUCAAGAAGCUUGUCAACCCCAGAUCCAUCGUCAGAAACAUCUCGGCAGCAGCAAUUGUCAAGUAUACCUAUGGCGCCUGCCCCGAAGAUGAUCACAGAACCCGCGAACCAGAACUCCUGCGUAAGAUCAUCAAGCUUUCGGUGAGGAUCGAUAUCCAGCGCAAGGGUAACCCCAAGCGCUACGGCACCAUGGACCCGAAUGCGGAUUCGCCUUUGAUCUUGACAUUCCUCGAUGAGGGCGGACGACAAGGGUGA